AUGGGCAAACUCCUUUUGCAAAGCCUCAUCCAACUGAAGAACGUUAUCACGGCUCCAACAAACGUUGAACGAUAUCGACUUCUGACACCCACCGUGACUGGCCACGUCGCCCGUCUGCCUCACGACGAGAUGCCUGUCCAUAGAAUCGGUAUGGAUGAGACGACCCUGUUGGAAAACUACCGCCCGGAGGAUAUGAAACGAUUCCCAAUGCUAGGAGUCCUUGAUCCAAACAGUGGCCCGUCACAAGUCUGGAUCUGGUCUCAUAUGAAAAUGCCGGCACCGGACUUUGUCGGAGGCGUUGCGACGCGCGAGCUUCGUCGAGCGGGAUACGUGAUGUGGGAUUCCUCACGCCUGGAGACAAUGGGGCUCUUGACCCAAGAGCCUUUUCGAAUUCCCCCGCCACUGGAUUUCAUCUUUUGGGGACAACCUCCGGAAGAGGUCAUACAGUCAAUCAUGAAGCGAUUCAGGCUCUAUUUGAUGGGCGCACGGGGAUGGUGGGCGGAGGGCGACGAGUCACGACUUCGCUGGGAGAAGCCUUGUGGAUUCGAAGACAUUGAUUCCGAGGUGAGAUCGUUUCGGGAUUCGAUUACGCUAUGA